GGGCUCGUAUCUCAGGGACAGAGGCUGCGGCUGGGCUGGGCUGGCGUCCCGAGGUCAGGAAGUCGCAGACCUGCCCCGGGACACCAUUCGGGUCGCCCCUGCACCAGUCUCUUUGGCGUCGGACCUCUCCGCCCAGCCCAGACCGGUGGCCGCCCCCAGACAGCCGGCGCUGGGCGACCCGGGGCGCUGCGGCCUCUUCCGGGGUUCUUCAUCCAGGAUGUCUUCGGUAAUUAGAUCGGAAGCUAUAGAAGAAGAGGAACCAGUGACAUCUAAGACUUACGAUCAUCCACUGAAAUCGGAUCCCAUCCCUGUGGAAGUGUGUAGCAAAUCACCUGCCUCCCUGGAGAUGAUUCAAGGCGUUUCAGAGGAAAGAAUUCACCCUGGCUCGAGCCCUAAAAUGGGGGGAAAUUGUGAUCUCAUCCACCAGGAAGGACUUCAGUCCAGGUCCCUUCAUUUGUCCCCCCAAGAACAAUCUCCCGAUCGUCAAGACAAGAGGCAAUCUUGGCGGCGAGCAAGUAUGAAAGAAAUGAGCCGGCGGAAGUCACUGCCUGCCUUUCACCAGGGCAUCACAGAGCUCAGCAGAUCCAUCAGUGCCAAUUUAGCAGAAAGCAAACGGCUGGGCGCUCUCCUGCAUUCCAGUUUCCAGUUCUCUGUUCAGAAACUUGAACCUUUCCUAAAGGACAUGGAAGGCUUCAGUCUUGAAAGUUUUAGAGCCAAAGCAUCUUCUCUUUCUGAAGAAUUGAAACAUUUUGCAGAGAGCCUAGAAAGUAAUGGAACGCUACAAAAAUGUUUUGAAGAUUCAAAAGGAAAAGCAUCAGAUUUGUCUCUGGAAACAUCAGUGGCUGAGAUGAAGGAAUACAUAACAAAAUUUUCUUUAGAACGUCUGUCUUGGGAUCAGCUCUUGCAGCACUACCAGAUGGAGGCUGAAGAGAUCACAUCCAGAACAUCAGCUGAAACCAAAGUUACUGAAGUUGAAGUGGAACCUAAAACAUAUCUUGGAUCUUCCCAGAGUGAAGUCCUUAGUACAAAGCCUGACUACCAGAAGAUAUUGCAGAAUCAGAACAAAGUCUUUGAUUAUAUGGAGUUAGUGAUGGAUGAACUGCAAGGCUCUGUGAAGCAGCUGCAUGCUUUUAUGGAUGAAAGUACCCAGUGUUUCCAGAAGGUGUCAGUACAGCUUGGGAAGAGAAGCACGCAACAAUUAGAUCCUUCACCAGCUCGAAAACUGCUCAAGCUUCAGCUACAGAACCCACCUACCACACACUGCUCUGGGUCUUGUCAGUGACUUCAUGUAGUUUUCCCUCCCACAAGGUACUCCAGAGGAGAGAAAGGGGAAGAGUGCCCCAGCACAUGACAACUGCAUGGCAGCCUGAGAUGCUGAUAGCUGCCCUAUUGCCUUUGAGGAUAACUGGCUGAAUGUAAAGUUUUUUUUCCUAAAAGUAACAGAAUUUAUGCGUUUGAAAGAGUGUAGUAUAGAUACUUUUUCCAAGGAUGUGCAGACUGCUUGCAAUUUCUAUUGUGGAAUGACCUUGAGAACUAGUAGCCCAUCCUUUUAAUUACCCUUCAUGAUUGGUAUUUGUCAUCUUAUGAAAUGUUUUUUGGUUUUGAAAUAAUCCAAAGUCAUUCAGGACCAAAUCUAGGAAAACAUUUUAGGGGUCAAGUUGGGUUCUGAUAGUAAAGGAAUGGAACUGAU